CCUUCGUUUGACCCCCCCUUCCUUUUUCUCUCUCUCUGUCUGUUGCAGGAUUCGGUUUCGAUUCUUUGGAAGUUUCAAACCUCGAAGUCGGAUUUAUCCACUGCGACGCCGCGCUACGAAGCCCUAGCUGAACUCGUCGUCAUUUCCAGAUACAAGGCCUUCUCAUUUUCUCGCGUGUCAAUCGCAAGUCCCGAGGAGAAAUUGCUGUAUAUGAGCUUCGGUGGGGAAUCUGCGGUUGUUAGGAUUGGCAUUGAGGACGGACGCAGCUUCGGCCAUGGCGGAGACGGAGAGUAGGUUUCGCGUGGGCUACGCCCUCCUGCCGAAGAAGCGAGAGAGCUUCAUUCAGGACUCUCUCGUCACUCUCGCCGCGUCCCGGGGCGUCGAUCUCCUGAGGAUCGACGCCGAGCGGCCGCUGGUCGAUCAGGGGCCUCUCGACUGCGUCCUCCACAAGCUGUACGGCGAGGACUGGAGGCGCCAGUUGGAGGAGUUCACCGCUGGGAACCCUAAUGCGGUGAUUUUGGAUUCGCCGCAUGCAAUCGAGAGGCUCCACAACCGCAUUUCCAUGCUCCAGGUUGUUUCUGAGCUUCGGAUUGAGAGCCAGAGCGAAUCGUUCGGUAUCCCAAACCAGAUUGUGAUUUACGACAAGGAGACGCUGUUCGAUAAGCAUGCAUGGGCGUCGCUGAAGUUCCCGGUGAUUGCGAAACCCUUGGUCGCUGACGGAAGCGCCAAAUCGCACAAAAUGGCGCUCGUGUUUAACCACGACGGGCUGAACAAGCUCAAACCACCUAUUGUGCUGCAGGAGUUUGUCAAUCACGGUGGGGUCAUCUUCAAAGUUUAUGUUGUCGGCGAGUACGUGAAAUGCGUGAAGCGCAAGUCCUUGCCUGAUGUUUCAGAGGAGAAGCUGGGGUCUCUCGAGGGGUGUUUGUCGUUCUCACAGGUGUCCAAUUUGACAACGCAUGACAAAAAUGACGAUAAGUAUUAUAGGUUGAUGCAUUUGGAGGACACCGAGAUGCCUCCUCAGAGUUUUAUAACAGAGAUCGCAAGGGGUUUGAGGCGGGCCAUGAAUUUGAAUUUGUUUAACUUCGAUGUGAUAAGGGAUGCCAGAAAUGGUCACAGAUACUUGGUUAUUGACAUUAACUAUUUCCCUGGAUAUGCGAAGAUGCCCAAUUACGAGCCUGUUUUGACUGAUUUUUUCUGCCAGUUAGCCCAAAAGGUGGGGAAGGAUCUGGCGAAGUGCUCUGGCAAGGAGGACUCUGAGAAGAGUGAGUUUGAUGUUCGAACUGUCCAGAGUUGUGACAAGGAGGUGAGGAAAAUUGUGAGUAAUACUUGCGGUAGCGAUGGGGAUGAUGGUGGCCUUCCAGUUUCUCCUCAUUCAAGCCUGGCACAGUGCGUAGAAAACCCAUGAAACGCGCACUCCUUGUUCGUUCCUUCGGUGGAUUUAUGUUGCUGGAAACAGGUCAACUUUGGAAGGCCCCUUGCUCAUUGGUGACUGAAGUUGUUCGUGCCUUUUAGAGCCUUUUGGACAGCGGUGAAUGAGUAGCCGAAUAUUGACUUCUAGUUCAAGCUUUUUGACGGUCAAAUGUGUACAUUCCUUCAAUGUUUCUCUGCAGAUAGGUGACAAACUUGACAGUUGUCUCAAGUUUUCCAAGAUGUACAGUGAUGGUUGUUUAUGGUUUCAGCAUCUUUUUCUGGUGGACAGACCUGUUGGACUUCCUAGUUGCUCAGGCUGAUAUUUUGGCAACACUUCACUCUUGCAGGUAAGGAGGUUUUGUUGAUGCAUGUUGACUCCUUGCUGAUGAUUGUGGACACCUGGAUGAUGGAUAAGAGUAAUGCUAGUUGAAGUACCUCUAACAUUAUUCUAGGGAUAAUUGCACUAUUUAUACUUUGUAGUGAGGUUCCAAUGUUGGAGAUAUCUGUCAUUUGGAACUUCAUUUGGUAAAAAUUUCGUCAUAAUUAGCUGCAGAAUUGAAAAGAUUCGAUGC